AUGCUACAUCGUGCAAUACCCCAGAAGAUAGCAGGGAUAAUGAAUCUCUGUGCAUCAAACCAUAAACACCUUGAGCCCGAUGAUCCUGCGCUCGUUGAAGAGCACAAAUUACUGCUUUCCAAGUUUAUGGAACCCUCUUCUAGGGGUACCAAGGAAAUCGAGCGAGUGUCCUGCAACAACUUUGAGACAGUUUUUCAUUCUCAGACAUCUAUGAGUAGCGCCUCUAACACUAUAAAUGAUGAAUUCAGCGCAGUUACCAAUCCAGGAGUCACGUCGGGAGGCAGGAAGGAUUGCAAUGCCAAAGUAGCUCUUGGUUUACCAACUUCUGCGAGGAAAAGGUCAACAUCCAAUUUGUCCAGUAUGGACAAGCAGACAUUUAGCUCUUCUGCAUCAUCUGUUGAACGGGACUCAUCAUCUCCAGGUCCAUCUUCGACCAGGUCUCUCGCGCCAAGGACACGACGUUCUACUCGCUCGAGAAACAAGCAAAUCAAUUAUUAUCCCGUGAUCAGCCUCUCUGAGUCUGACUCAGGAGAGGGUCCUUCGGGCAGUAGAGACACAAAAACAGUCAAUACCAGUUCACAGGCACGCAAUCGGCAGAGCCACAAACCUUCCAAUCAAUCAUCCAAGCGCCUUCAUCACCUGAAUUCGAAUACUGAUCCUCUUUCUGAUGCUGAAAUCCGUAUCAUCUAUUCUUCGCGAGGGGUGCAGAUUCGGAAAUUGAGCUUCACAUCGCUUGAUCAUCUCAAAGAUCUUAAACACGCACCAUUCUGCCCAGAGCAUAAUCCUGCCAAAUAUGCUAGGAGAUACAGAGAGUCCAUGAUAGUAUCAAGUGAGAUCUUGCAUGUUGAUUUUGACUCGCACGAGAUGACAGCUAUGCUCGGUUUAUUAUCAUUACAUGGGUGUCAGUAUUCACCAACCACAGAAAUCUCAAUCAGUGAUCAAGUUAUCGCAGUUUUGUCGAGUCAUGAUGUCCAUCGGGAUUUUGCGAAGAAAAUCUCUCUCCUGCGCGAACUUGCCAAAUACAUUUCAAAUGAGGCAGUCAUUGAUACGAGCACCUGGCUCUGGGAAGUAUUGACCUCAAAAGUCAGAAAUAAGAAUCAGCAAUCUGUGAGACAUUGCCUUACCCAACUCCUUACUCUCAAGGGCAUGGCAGGCGAUGGGGCCUUGUCCAGUUCACCCGCAGUCAUCAAACAACAACUCCAGAUAUUCCUAAGCUGCUUACCUCAUGCCUCUAUACUUUAUCGACGUCAGCCUGCCGAUAUUGGUGCAUUCAUCCAGGCUGCAAGAAAUGGACAUCUUUCAUCAUCGCCUUCGAUUAUUCAAGCUGCUCGAGUGACUGAUAGUAACAGCGGCUCCUCAGUCUUUGGUCCCAUUCGAGCCCUGAACAAUGUGAACGCAUUACUACAGAACCGUGAGCUAGGAGGGCCUGUAAAGCGACAGCUUCGAACUAAGGUCAAGUCAGAAUUCAGUCUUCUGAAGACCUGGAAAGGUGCUUCAAAUGACGUGAAUGUCCUAGCUUGGUCGCCUGAUGGUACCAAAUUUGCAGCAGGCGCCACUGCCCAAUGUGAUGAGGGCAAUAUGGAGUACAAUCGGGGCAACAACUUGGUUAUUGGGGAUUUGACGUGCAAUCGCCUCGAGGAGGUGCCUGGCCAUUACAUAAUUCGCCCUCCUGGGAGGGCUGCGUCUCAAAGGGCCUUAAGUGACAACCGUCUCUUCAUGAGUGUUACUGCUAUGCAGUGGUUCGAUGAUACACUUUUUACAGCCAGCUACGAUAAUACGGUGAAACUCUGGAGGUUUUCCGGAAACCAGAUAACAAAUCACAAAACGCUCCCACAUGAAUCGAAGGUAUUAGUCAUGGCGCGUUCAAAUUUUGAAGAGAAUCUGCUGGCAACCGGCGCGCAAUCUUUCAGACUAUGGAACAUCAUGGAGUCAAAAGAUGCUCCCCUGAUAAUUGAAUCCAGAAGAGACCUGACUCCGACUUGCUUGGCUUGGGGGAGUACCCAUGAUACUAAACAUUUAUUGCUCGCUGGGAUGUCAGAGAGGGAUGAUGGCUUACCGCACACUUGCCCAGCCCCGAGUGGCUUUCUCACUGGGUGGCAUGUGGGUGAGGCUUCAAUAAUCCCAACACCAUUUCAGCCUAAUUCACAGAAUAUAUUCGAUAUUAAAUGGCACCCGACCUUGCCGAGAUUUGCCACAGCAAGUACGGUAGGCCAGAGCCAAGUGUCUCGGGGAACCAGGUCUGUGGUCCGCGUUUAUGAACCACUGAAGUGGAAAUCUCAGACAAUUGAGUUUGAGUGUCCUGCUCUGGACAUCAAUGAUAUCACCUUCUGCCCAAUGAACUCAUAUUAUGUGACCGCCAGUUGCACUAAUGGCGUAACAUAUGUUUGGGAUUAUCGCAAACGAGACCAAGUCCUGCUAGAGCUUUCUCAUGGUGAACCUCUCAACCAAUUAGAUGAACUUCUCGAGAGGGAGCAGGAUGAUGUAGGUGUUAGAAUGGCCUUGUGGGGGGAUGAAAUCAACCAAUUCUACACAGGGGCCUCAGACGGUAUUGUUAAGCAAUGGAAUAUCUUGCGAGCUCAGGAGGAUGCCCUUACCAAAAAUGUCUUUGGAAUUGAAGAGGAGAUAAUGUGCGGUGCCUUUUCAAGUGAUAAGUCAAAUCUUUUGAUUGGAGACGCAGGCGGGGGGAUCCAUAUCCUCUCUACUUCAAACUCUUCGCCCCACGAGGGCAGAGACCCAAAUGAAGAUGAAAGAAAAAUGCAAUUCAGGCACGCAGCUCAGCCACCCUGCGAUGAUCACGCAUCAGAUUCAGAGUCUGGGCUUGUAGCAGCCCGAAAGCUACUUAAUUCUGGGAAGCUCAAAAGACACCCCGUUUUUGGAGUGGGUCAAGGUCCUCAUUAUGAUGGACCUUAUGCCGGGUGGGCUCGCCCAGGGAACCCAGAUAAACCUCAUCUUGCCAGUCUCAGACCAGAUGUUAAGAUGCGACAGCUCGAUGGGCCGGCCCCUAAGGAUCGCAUUGGCUUGGACGAAGAAUCACGGCAACUUGUGGAGGCUCAUAUUCAACUUGCUCGGAUUCGCAACCAGCGGCGAAAUGAAUAUAAAAGGAAACGCACUGUUGAUGUCAUUGAUCUCUGCAGUGAUGAAGAAGAUAACCGGAGCCCUGAAAGACAAGCGCAAAGUCGGCACAUUUACAUUGGAGACUUCAUGGGCAUUGCCAAUCUUCAAUGCGAGGUCAUAGACCUAACAGGUGACACCGAUACUGAUUCAGAAGAAAAUGCAAGUAUUGCGAGAGCUAGGUCACCUUGCUUUAAGUUCCCUAAAGUGGACUCUUCACUUGAAACGCUGGAGGCAGGUCUUGAAGACGACUUUUGGUGGCCAGACAGUGGCCAGGUCAAUCCUAAUUUUCCACAAGAAGCUUAA